AUGUCUGCUGCACUUAGGAUGCUUGGUUAUGGAGUAACAGCUGAUUUUUUGGAUGAAUAUGUGAGAAUAGCCAAAAGCACUGCAAUGAUGAGUCUGAAAAAAAUUGUUGCAGCAGUGGUUGCUAUUUUCUCAGAGCAAUACUUGAGGUCACCAAACAAUGAAGACAUCGCUAGAUUGUUAGCUCAUAGCCAAAACCGUGGAUUUCCAGGAUACUAUCUUGCUGAUGGUAUAUAUCCAAAAUGGUCAACAUUUGUGAAGACAAUCUCAUCUCCACUAGGAGAUAAAAGAAAAUUAUUUGCAAAAACUCAGGAGGCAUAUAGGAAGGGCGUAGAGCGUGCAUUUGGAGUGCUUCAAGCGCGAUUUGCAAUUGUACGUGGACCUGCACGGUUUUUCUAUCAAGAAACACUACAUGACAUUAUGAAAGUAUGCAUAAUUCUUCAUAACAUGAUUAUUGAAAAUGAGCUUGAUGAAGCUGAAGCAGCGGACUUUGAUUAUGAACAAAUUGAUGAGAUUUCAUGUACACCAAUGUCACUUUAG